UUGUCUUUCUCCUAUUUCUUUUAUCUUGCAGGGUUUUGAGGAACUCUGUCGGAUGGGAGCCUGGGACUUUGUCAUCAAUCUGAGUGGAUCGGAUCUCCCUCUCCGCGAUGUAGACGAUACGGCCGCCAUGCUGGCUUCGGCUAGAGGGCACAACUUCAUGAGACAGAAUGGGAACUGGAAAGACCGGAGUGACAAACCAACAGACUUCUCAGUUUGGUAUGGAUGCGGAGGCCAUGUAUAUAAUGUGUCUUAUAGGGGGAAGAGACCAGAUUGGACGGACAUGCAUAGUACUUCACAGUGGGCUGUCUUCUCGAGAGACUUUAUUGAGCUUGUUGUUAGUCCGGACAGAGGAAUCUUCAUGAACAACCUUCAUUUCUUUGCCAGUACUUGUAUCAUCCCUGAUGAAUCCUACCUGGCUUCCAUGCUCAAGAUAUCGCCUUUCAGAAACACCUAUAUCCAUGGCAACCUCCAUCAUCUGAAGCAGUUUGCGAGGAAAGAUGACAGAGGAUUUUGCCGGCACACCGAAGACAUCGACUUCUGUGGGCAGGGACCAGGUAUAUUUGAGCCCAAAGACACCGAGGUCUUGUCGAAUAUCGCCAACCAGCUCUUCUUCGCUCGCAAGUUUGACAGUGACCCUGAGAAUCCCGUGAGGCUGUUCGCCCUCAACCAGGUGUCCGGGCAGUACUACGAGUUCCUGAGGAAGAACUUUAUCUCAGAAGAAAUGCUAAGGCAACUGAUCAAGCUAGCUCUCCAAACUGAGUACGGUGAUGAGUGGGAAGAAGAAGUCCAGGUGAUGGAGGUAUUAAAGCUCCGAGCAUUGCCCAUGCUCUUACCUAUAGAUCCAUGCUGUAUGCCUAUCUACCAUACCAAGCACCAGAUGUUCAAGGAUACCAGAUACUGGAUUGAUUUCCUUGUGUCUGAAACCUCUACAGGAGAACAGAGAGCCCUCCGAACAUCAUUUAUACCACAGAGUAGACACCAGUGUUUCUCAAGGGGUCAAAUCAAAGGUCUAUACCUGACCACCAAACAUGCCAAAGACAAAAAAACCCAGGUCCAGCCAAGCUCCCCUAUCCCUACUGAGGCUGCAGGUGGGUCGACCCUCUAUCUAGCAUCGUAUAUCAACCUGAGUGAUGACAUGUUACCAGCUCCGGAGUGUAACGAGGUCGACAAUCUACCUGAUGAUAGCUACGACGGUAGAUCCCCAGACAGCUUCUCCUUCACCACCUUCGGUAACGAGAAGACAGCUGAGAACCACGCUGUCCACUUCAACGCAAGUCUUAUCAACCCUGAGGGAGAGGUCAGAUGCUUCAUAGAUGUCAUCAUCACCUUCAAGAAGGCACAUCCAUCCGUCCAGAAGUCUGAUACCGUCCGUUUCAUCAACACCCUGAUGUGUGGUAACAUGGAGCCAGGAUUGUGGACCUUGGUCCUCUUCGAACGAGGGGUCCGGGAACCAUUCCCCUACACCAUACAAAUCUUCCUUGUACCAGACAGGCCUAAAGGAUGGCUCGACUUCACUAAUCGUGAGGAUGAACUGCACAAUCUAUGGGCUGUUGAAAUGAUAAGAGAACUGGGAGAGGAAGAGUACCCCUUCCUAGCCCACAAGCUCUCCAACCAACCCAGGCAACCUUGGCAACAACGGGAGGAAGAGCAAGCCAACCGUGCCAUGGAAGAGGAUGAAGAUGGAGAAGGAGAGGGGGAUGAGGACGGGAACUACGGCGAUGCAGGCAUCAGGAACGGAGGGAGGGGUGAUCCUGGUGGAGGAGAGGACAAACAGAGCUUCCAUGAAGAGGACGAAGACGAGGCGGAGGGCGAGGAUAGCAGCAACGGUGGUCGGAAGGAGCGCAUCAACGGGCACCUUCGGGUGGACCCCAAUCGGCUGAAACUGGAGGCCCACCGGAAGCUCCCCAUCCUGAGGGACGAGGAGACGGGCAGGAAUCGGGGGAUCCAAAACAUGGAUCGCCUCAAGAGAGAGGAGACGGGGAGGGAGUUCAGGGAUACCCUGAGGCUUAGCGGCAACAGGAGAGAGGAUGGGGGCUUCCGUAAGGUCAAAGGUCAUAAUGAUGGAAGUCUUAACGCAGCUCAGAUGAGGGAUGAAAGCUUACCAACAUGGCUGAAAAAUCAGUCAUUUGCCCUCACUUUCAUGGAGUUUGUCUUCAUCUCUGUAAUUGUCUUCAUACUUGUUAAAGGGGUUCUUGUCCCUCUCCGUAUCGUCAAACGGAAGAGCCACGGAGUCAAGUCUUUUGCUACAUUCCUUGUUGUCGUCACCUUCAUACAGUUCCUGGUCUAUUCAAUGUUUGUACUAUCAGCCAGCAGCUAGCCCAGGCCUAACCCUCCAUAGGACCAGAUCACCCUUACCCUCAUUAGAGACUGGACUGAAUUGAUUCAGUCUUUGAACGCUAACCUAUGUGGUGGUGCUGUUAUAUUUUUUUUCCUUCAAAGAAGCCCUAACAACCACCGAAGAAUUCUUCACCAUGCGUGUGCUUAAUCUAUUUCUCGGAGCGGACUUGUUAUCUGUACUACAAUACAAGCAUUGAAACUCCGAAAGGAAUCUUGAAUGCAUUAUGUAUUUAAUCAUUGUUGUAUGUUUCGUGGAACCGAAGGAAGCAAAGAAUGUCUCCAGGCUUUCGGAGGACAGUAUCGGUGCUCAGCAGGUUCAUGUUGCCCCACACAUUGCACUUCCGAUGAUUGGACAGUAUUUUCGACAGUGAUGCCAGGAUGUCACGUUACAACACACUUUAUAGAUGAUAGAUAGAAAUGAGUAACCAAGUGACAUAGUAACUCCACUGUAGAGUAGAAUUAAAUAGUUAUUUUGUUCUGAAAACUUUGCAGCAAUUCCAUGCUUGAGGUCGCAAGUUAUCAGUGAAUACAGUUGACUCGGACCGUCCUUCAUCCAAGCAUGUAUGGAAGGUCCAUAAUUGCUCUCAGAAACAUUUUAUCCAUUCAGAUUGAUCUGAAGUAUGGAAAGUUAAUGCAAUAAUUCAUCAUCAUGUUGAUUGGUCUAGAUGAAGAAUUAUAGUAUACCCCGCUUUCCAUGACUGAAGAUCAUUUUAACCAUUAUUUCGAGAUGGGGUCCAGAUGAUCUUUGAGUCUUUUUGCACCUACAUUACGUGAAUCCUGUGUUUAAAAAAUACCCCACCAGCUUAUAACACAGGAACCCCAUUGCCCUGCGUGUUGUGUCAAUGGGAGGUCAGGUGGGGAAUCUGAAACCCCAAUUUCACAUUUUGGGAGAGCUUCAAUUCUCUCGUUUAAACUGGGGUGGGGUUCAUUUGACUGCUGAUAAGGCCUUGCGUGUACGUCAAUGGGAACUCAAGUGGGGUAUCGACACCCCAUUUUCAGUUUUUGGGAAAGUUAAGUUUUCUCGUUUAAACUGAGGUGGGGUCGACUGCAGCUGCUGAUAAGAGCUGAACAAAAACCCCUUUCAUAAACCCCAUUAAAAUGAAUUAGGCGGCUAAUAGCAGCAUAAUUUGGUCGUAAAAUUGGAGGAGGG